GCCGUCGCCGUUUGAUCGCAACCCCCUCAAGCGUUGGAUCUCAGCAACCGGCCGUAGCAAUUCAAACGCAACGGCGCACUCAGGUAGACGCGCUGUGUCAUUCAGGUUGAGAGGUGUGUGCGACCUCAAGCAAGCUUCAACUACGCAAGCCACAGCCGAAACCGAUCCCGUUUCAGGACCUCAAAGGAUUUUUUUGCGCACAUAUUCUUGUAGACCGUGGUGUGUUCUGUGAAGUGCGGUCCGUGCUGAAGGAAUUGCUGCUUCUGAACUUGCGCACUCGUGUUGUCGUCUGCUACUGGUGGAUGCAUACUAUCUAACGUGCGCUUGACGCAGAUUGGACAAUCCGGUGCGACGCGGCAGGACAACACGAGUCACGGAUGCCAUUAGAUUGAUACCAUUGAUUGUGUGGGAUCCAGCUAUGCACGGCGUACUACAUACCUUAUUGGUGGCCACAUUCAUUUUACAUCCAAUUAGAGCAGCAGUCCCCAGUUUACAAGACACACCUCUAGAGCCAGUGCUUGCAACAGCAGGAGAAGACGCAUUGAUUGAUUGUGUAGUCAAAGAUCAGGGGAAUUACACAGUGCUAUGGAGACGAGUAUUGGCAGAUGACAAAGGGAGUGUAUUAACAGCUGGAGCUAUUAAAGUAGCAGCAGAUCCUCGUAUAGCUGUGUUACAUAAUGCAGAUCAUAACAAUUGGGUUCUGCGGAUCAGCAAAGUGGUAGCCGCGGACUCUGGUAGAUACACCUGCGAACUCAACACCACCCCACCUCAAAAGAUCACCCGGCUACUAACAGUUGUCGAUGAUGGCAAUCCGACACCAUUUCUUCUCACGCACAAUUACACGGAAUGUUGCAGUGAAAGAGGCAUUCCUAUGGAAUGCUUUGGCUAUUGCACCCUUCAAGGAAUAGUAUCGGGGAGACACAACAGCCCUCGGACUUGCUUGGAGUACAUCGGAAUACUCACACAAUGCCUAACAGAUGGAAGGAACCAUAUGCCAUGUUGCGUAGAUCAAAAGAUACCCGAGACUUGCAGAGCAGUCUGUGUUGGAGACUACAGCCUCUCCACAGUCGCAGAGCACUACACCUGCAUGGACUACACGAUGACCACGCUUGCAUGUAUUGCAAAUGGCGUUGAGUUACUACCCGGGCCUCCUACAGAAGUAGAAGUGGAACCACUCUCCCCCACUGAGCUUCUCAUUAAAUGGUCCCUGCCACGUCAGAAGAUCGACAUAACACACUUCAGGAUAAACGUUACCGAACUGGACAGUUUCGAUCCUGCACUGAAGUCAAAGAAAAAUGAUUCGGGAUUCAAAGAUGAAGUGGGAACGGUGGGGACAAUGCAGGCCUUCUCAGUAAAGGUUGAUUCCAAUCAAACAACAUUUCACCUGCGUGGUCUAAAGCCAGUAACCAUGUACGAAGUGACAGUUACGUCCGAAAAUCGUCACGGGUCCAGCUUGCCAAGCUAUGCCUUGCGAACUCUCACAUUAAACACAGAAAUGACCAUCAUUCCGUCUUCAAACGCCACAACAAACGACACCGAUGAUAUGCUGCCGAAGUUGCCAGACAUCCGUUCUUGCUGCGUGAAAAAUGGCGUCAAACAAGAGAGGUGCCUGCGUACCAUGUGCGAUCCCAGCAGGGCCGAUGAGACCACUCUGACCGACGUGAUGAUUUGUGCACCAUGGGCCAAUGUAACGUUUGCCUGCAUGGCAGACGGCUCAGACCACACAAGUUGCUGUCGUAGACGCGGUUUACCCGAGGCAUGCCUGGACUUCUGCAAAGGCACCUUGAUGCGUGUGGAUUACAGACAUUUCCGCUGCUUAGAGUACAUGCCUUUUUACGGUAGCUGCUUGCUUGAACACUAUGGAGUCCUACCGGGGAACCCUCAGGAUUUGACAGUCAGUUCAGCCAGCAGGACAUGGGCCGUUCUGAAGUGGAAUCCUCCGAAGAAGCUUCCGGAAACAGUUACCAAGUACGCCCUGUACUACAGACGCCUUGGUGACGACUACGAACCUUAUUUUGCUGUCUCGAAUGUAAAAUCUCCAUAUUUGAUGGAUAGGUUGCACCCUGGAGUUGAGUAUGAGGUUUUUGUUGCAGCUGAAAACAAAUAUGGAACAAGCGAGGGCUCAGAAAGGGUUGCUUUCAAGACUCAAGAUGUGAUCCCGGAUCCCCCGACUAAUAACACGGGAUACAAUGAGACUGCCUGUUGUACCAAUGCUGGGGUGAAGGAUCUUUGCAUGCCAUUAUGUUCCUACAAGAUGAGGCUGACCGAUCUCCAAUACCUAAGCCCCCUGUGCAUUGAUGACAUGCACACUUUGCUCCGGUGUGGUUCCGGAGGCAGGGAUCACCGUCCAUGUUGCCAACGCUACGGAGUUAAAGAAGACUGCUUGCCUAUCUGUGCUGGAUCGUUGUCUUUGAACCGCUAUGACCUCACAGCACUCAUCUGCUCUCGUGACUUGGGUGCUGUUCUCCUGUGCAUGCAACAAGAGAAAGAUAUCAUACCUACACCACCGGAGGAGUUCCAUCUGUCAUUUGUGACCCCUACGUCGGUACAUCUUGUUUGGACUCCCCCAUCCAACAAUGUGUCUGUAGAGCAGUACCAAAUCAGAUACGAAGAAGUUAAUGACUCCGUGCCUCCACAUCCUGAAGAAUAUUCAAAGGUUGUCAAUGUCACCACAACCAUGUCAAUUGUCGACAAAUUGAAGCCCAAAGCAAAAUACAGUUUCUACGUGGUUGCUAUGAACGAGCAAGGAGCUUCCAUGCCUUCUCUUAUUCUGGUGAUCUCCACUCCCGAAAAAGGGGUCGACGACAGAGCUGUUCAAAGCACCAUCAGUCCGCCUUACGGCCUCGAAGUCACGCACAGUUCGGUGAACCACAUUGCGCUCAAGUGGCUCCCUCCGCUCCAUGUUCCAGCAGACGCCAACCUUGCCUACGUCGUCCGCUUUUCCGCAGUCAACACCACCAACGUCACCUCCAGCGAAUGGUCGACCAUCACAACCAAGUUCAGCGAGAUCCUAGUGAACAACCUCACGUUCAACACCCAAUAUGCCUUCACCGUGAGUGCCAUGGCAAAGAACAUGAGCAGCACGCCUUCAGAGGUGGCGCUGGCGUGGACGGACGCGGCCAUACCGGCAUUCGUGAAUUUGCCGUUGGUGAUACCUGCUGGACCAAUCAUGGAAGGCGUCAACAUGACCGUCAUGUGCAUAGCUGUGGGCGUACCUACGCCGACAGUGUCGGUCUACGUGAACGGGGUGAUGAUGGCACAGCUACCACAGCACCACAUUGCCGUGACGGUGCCGAGAGUGUCCCGAAAUGUGACAAAGGUGUCGUGCUUUGCAAGCAACGGGUAUGGGCACGGUGCGCACAGUUCAAUGGAUAUCCACAUCAUUGCUAGUCCAAACAUUGUAGUCCCACUGAAGAAAGUCUUCUAUGAAAAUGGAGCCACAGCAAGACUGGCCUGUGAAGUGUCUGGCCACCCUGAGCCACGGUUCCUGUGGUUCAGGGAUACUUCGAUGCGAGAACCGCUGCGGCCCACCGAACGUCUCGAGCUGCAGUCGAUGCCUGACCCAUUGGUGCCGCAUAGUUACGUCUCCUAUCUUCUCAUAAACAAUGUUUCAAAAGACGAUGCUGGACCUUACUACUGUACAGCUGAGAAUCACCAUGGAAAAAUGUCUGCGUACAUCGAUCUGUCUGUUAUGGACCGUACUGCACGGAAUACUUCGAGUUGCUGCAAAGACGCGGGCGUCUCUAAGUACUGUAUGAGUGCGUGCAGUUUUGAUAUCGAUAUCCAGUUCGCCAUCAAUAGGCCACAGUGUAUUCAGGACUUGGACAAACUGAUGCACUGUGCUGCAGAUGGAAGUGAUCAUCGCAAGUGUUGCCGAAACAAAAAAGUGCCUUCAAGCUGCCUUCAUUGGUGUGUGGGUAGGAGCGUGAUCCAGGCUGGCCAGUGUGCAUUGGCUGCUGCCAAGGAAAUUGUAUCUUGCUUUGAAGAAGGCAAAGCCAUGCUGCCAGGACCACCGCAGAACGUACGAGUGGCCCGGCUUUCACCAAACUCCGUUGAGGUGCACUGGGAUCCUCCAGUCAAGAAUCCCGAGUCAGUGCAGUGGUACCGAAUCAUUUGGCGCACGGUCGGGUCACAGGCACUCAACAGGAAUCAAACGAAUGGUGCAGUCUUCCACUUAGGAGAUCUGCAGGAAGGCCUUAUUUAUGAAAUAGCAAUCAAGGCUGGUAACCACUAUGGCCUUAGUGCACACACACCACCAGUGAUAGUCCAAACUACCGGUGCUCUGCAUGCUUCUGUGGGCGGAUUGAAGGUUGGGGCUCAGAUUACCAUUGGCCUGGUAGUGACCGCUCUGCUGUUGGUUCUUGUUGGAGUGCUUGCUGUGUUCUAUUGGAAGCAAUGGAGAAGAAGAGUACCUGCUUCUGGGGUUUCGUUUGAAAACCCUACAUACCUUAAGGAUGGAGUCACUAUGCAAAAUGUUGGAGGUGAGAACCAACCUAAACCGGGAGAAAUGACCGAGAACGGACACAGGAACGGCCGCCCACGUGCUGUUGAAAACUGUUACGAAGACAUCCGUACAGUCAGGAUAUCGUGAUGCUAAGAACAAAAGUGCGUGGUGAGCAGGUUUCUUUGCAGCGCCGUAGCUACUCUUCUUCGGAAGGAAACUUCGUCCAAAACUGCGACACCUGUGGCUAGUGCUCCUACAAGAGCUAAUAGACAACCUGCGCGACAAGUUUGUGCACAAUUUGGCAUUGAGUACAGUACUACAUCCAUCUGCUAGAGUGCUUCACUCUUGUGGAAGAACUACAGAAGUGACUAUAUAUUCUAUGAGGACCUGCCCGUGGUGUGCCGAGGCAGCACACCGGUAGAGAGUGGCAUUUUUUUUAUGUUUCCCGACUGAAGCACAUCCACUCUCAGUGGCGUAACGAGUAAAGAAAUUGAUGAUCAGACUGGCCUAUUUAGCUUAUCCGGUACAAUCUGGGUGUACUUACAGAAUGAUGUGAUUCUGAGUCAAAGUUCUUUCGUUUGCUCAAACCUGUUAUGUUCCAAGAUGACUUAUAAAAAGAGGUAGACAAAAAAGCUUCCUUUCAGCACAAAGUAACGAGCUUGCUAGGGACAUGCAUUUGCUUUGUUCACGACUGCAGUAUAUGCCGUAUUCGCUUUAAUACUGACCUCCCAUAGGCCUGUACUUGUCUAGUGUAGAAUGCCCUUACUAGACUGUCCUGUCCAGCAUGUUUCCCGCCUUACCACUGUACCGGGAAUGGGAACGUCAUCCCUUUUGUGGAAAUCCUUGCGCCACGAUUUUUCAGAACUGCAGUGUAGGCGAUAUAUGCGUGUGUACGGAAAAACCUCCGGCUGCGGGAUAUGGUUCAGAAUGUCCCCCAAACGUCGUGAAACAGGCCCAUAACUUGCAAUCUGAUCAAAGUUCUUGCAGAAGACAGUGACCCUUCUUGGACAUUUCAAGGCUCUGCAGUUGUGAAUAAUGGGUUAUCUCACAUUCAAGCGAAAAGAGAAAUACAGUCAAACUCCUUUAUAGCGAACACCUUUUUAACGAAAAUACCACUAGAGCAAAUUUUUUUGCUGUCCCGCUGGAGCCCUAUAGGUCCAAUAAUGGACAUCCUUUUUAACGAAAAUACCUUUACUGCGAAUUUUUUUUUGCUGUCCCCUGAGUUUCGUUGUAAAGGAGUUUGACUGUAAUAAUAAUAACCAAAUAAAACACAACUUUUGCCCCCAGAUCUAAAAGGAAAAAGAACAUACAUACACCACAAAGCAUCUCGCAAAAGUUCUCAAAAUGACGAGUAGCUGACAGUGCUAUGUAGAAAAAGCACGCUGAUGAACACCAUAGCCUCUUGGUGACGAGCCUCAGUCCCUCAUGUGAUCAGUGCCUUGCAUAGUACUUUUUUUAAAGGCUUUUUUUCUUACUUUCAUCCCAUUCUAGCCAUUUAUUGGUAGUUUUACCUUCUACCCAUCUCAGGUUAAUGCUGUAGGCAUUAAAAUACUAUGUUUGAGUUUAUGUGAUCUUCGCACAUCUGGAAACAAUGGCUACAAAGAACGUUUGCAUAGUAAAAAUGCUGUGAUGAGGCAUAUGGGCCUGCUCCCAGUAGAAGGUAGGGCGUACGCUCUGUAUGGUGUGUAGCAUUCUGGCACGAAUCUUUGGUUACCAUAGGGACCAGAAAGCCUGCAUUCAAAGGAAAAGGUGACAACAAGCCAAUGAAGGCUACAGACACUUUGGCCCCUACUUAUAUGAGAUAAAGACACAUCUGUUCUGCACCACAUUGGAACCUCGUUUUGAUCUGGUGGCCACAUUUUUUUAUGCAGGAAGGCAAACAAUACGGUGCUUGCAUGAUACCAACUGAACCUUUUUAGUUUUUAUUUUGAGUGACAAAUUAUUACAUUUCCUUCCAAGCGCCCAGUUUUGCCAACCUUCCCCUACUGGAGUAGGUCUUCGAAAUGGUUUAUGCCCUCUGGAACAGGCUGUUCGGCACAGCGCUAGAGGAUGUGAUUUUUUUUUUCUGUCCCCGGUAUUCUGUGCAGCUAUCCCAACUGUAACUGCCAAAUACCAUUGUGAGAAAGAAAAAGAAACAUCAGAAAAAAUUGCUUUGAUCUUGCAUGCCUCCCAGAUUUUGAAAUGAGAGAAAGUUACUUGUUUUGUAUGACUGAAAAAUGUACAUAUGGCUUUAGCAGUCGUGUGAUUGAUGGCAAAGAUACUUAAUAGUGUACAUACGUGUAGAAUUUUCCGUAUUGAAUAAAAGCCUGAAAAGUUCGAAUAA